AUGUAUCAUUUGAACCCUGAUCUAGUUCGUGAUCCGGGUUCAAUUCCUCUGUGUGUGAAAUGUGCGGAAGACCAUCGGAAGUCAAAGUAUAGCAUUGCUUCUGGGCAUGACUAUGGGCGGGUUGGGGGCUUGCCGGAGCUCAAUGAUGUUGCGAGCAAGUGUAUAGCGCCCGUGCGGUCAUUUGGGCUAGCAAUUACGGCGUCGGGUAAGCAUUGCGUCGGUCAUUCAAUAUGCUUUCCGUCGACGGGGCCUGCUGAGGUUUCCAAGGUUUUGCCGUGCACGUCUAGGGAUUGCAUUCCGAGUGUCACGUUUGUUGGCCCUCGCGACGACUGGCGAGUGAAGCGAAAACACUACAAAAAUCUUUACCGGCUCCCGGUGGAUGAUAUGUAUGCGUGGAUGCGGGUUUUGUCGACAACUCACUCGUAUUUCAAAGACAAUGAUAUCCGUAUCGAUGAGUCUGCCGAGGCAAGACAGGCCCACGUUGAACUUGAAGAACUGAUCGAGGCGUCGGUGGAAAUUAUGACUUCUGAACAAGCCGGGCGUGUCGAUGACGGUAUGAUGGCUGAGCGCUAUGGCGACGAGUAUAUGGGUGGGGAUACCGAUGAAACCAUAGUGGCGAAAACUGCUGCGCUUAAGAGCGUGGACGCAUUCGACCUAUCAGUAACAAAUGCGGCGGUUGAUGCUAUGCUAUCAAUGUUGGGACGGGAAGACGGGGGAAACGGUGACACAGAGAGUGGUGUCGAGGAUGGGGCCGCGCCAGUUGUUGUGCGCAGGGGGGGCCGAUCCUGUUACUGA